AUUGUGCUCAUUUUUUGUGAAAAAAUCCUUCAGGUGUACAAGCGUUUGGUGGAGAUUGGCCGUGUAGCCCUUAUUAACUCUGGGCCCGAUGAAGGAAAACUUUGUGUCAUAGUUGAUGUGGUGGAUCAGAAUCGAGUAAGUGUUGUUACAGAUUAUAUCUCCAUUUUAUAUGAACGAUCUGAAGUUAAUAUCAUGUCAAUAAUUCGUUAGAAAUGCUUUUAUCAAUAUUAUAGACUAAUCAAACAUCAUUUAGGAAGUUUCAAGUGGGGUUUGAUUCCGUUUGUGUAUUUGAAGAGGUCGAUUUCAAAAUUGAUCAUGAGUUUCGCUCAUUCCUAAAGAAAUCAGCAUGUUUUUUUCUUUUAUAUGUACUUUGCUUGACUAAUGGUUCGAUUCAGUUGAUUUCUGUGUCUUGAAUCUAAGCGAGUACCCUUCGUCUGGGUAGGAUGGUUUAUAACAAGCUUAUUUUUAUACAAUAACAAUGAUCUCAAUGUUGUAUGCAGUCAGCUGCACCUUCUUCGUGCUCUUGGCUGUUGCAUUCUUUUCUUGGAGCACUGAAGUGAAAUUUAUUUUGUUAAUUUUGUUUUUCUUUCCUUGAAAGCCUGGUAUUAUGUUUUGAAUUAGUUUCCAUCAAGGCAGCCGUCUUGGUAUACUAUGUACCUGGUUGCCAAGCAAUUGUACAAAGUCAUCUGAUUUGUCAAAUUGUCUCCUUGUAGCUUAUUAUCUUAAUUAUUUAGUCACUACUUUUAUUUCAGUGUCAGUUGUUUCUUUUUUGUGUUUUUCAGCAAAAUCUUUAGAAAAAUUCAGUUAUUAUUUUAAAUCUUAUAAUGUGUUACACCAACAUAACAGCCCCUAGUUGUUUUCAUUCUAUUUUCUCUCCUCAUCUGUGUCCUCUUCAGUGAUUGAUAGUACAAGUUACAAACAGAUCUCCCACUGAAUAUCACUUGUUAGGGGGGAACUCAACUCGUUAAGUUAAAAAGGGAAAACUCACCUGCGGUGACAGAUGUUCAUGUACACACUAAUGGGGACUUAACACUUUAACUUCCAGAAGUGAUUAAUAUGUUACUUUCCCCUAUAAUAUCCAUACAUUAUUCAGCAAACAGGUAACAAGAAUACUUAAACUCAUCAGCUACAAGAUAUUACCUUGAUUGAAAAGCAAAUUCUCAUAACCGAUUUACAAGGAAAUGUAUAGCAGCUAGAGGGAAGAACUGACAAUCAGAUCUUGGGAGUUAAGGGUGAUAGUGCUCUUGAACUCCCAUGAUUGACCAAGACAGAACUUCUCCUUACAAUAUCAAUGCGAUAUCAAGUAGACAAGUAAUGUGAAUAAAGAAAAUUAGGGGAUUAUUAGUUGACCCAAUACCAAAUUCUCCAAACUAACAUAUUAGGAAUUGUAUGGAAGUCAGUAAAGGGAAUUAGAUCUUUGGAGCGGAAGGCAAUUUAUAUGUAAGCUAUCCACUUCUAAUGUAUCGUAAUACAAAUUUUUACUAAUAUCUGUAAUUGACUUGCAAAAAAUUACUGCAAGACUUGAGAAAGCAAGAGAGGUUUUUUCCUUAUCAAUACUACAUUAAGUAAAAUUGCCUUGGCCUUGGAAAAUAAAAUUUAAUCAGCAGAAUUUUUACUUAAAUCUUUUUCAACAGGCUCUGAUUGAUGGGCCCUGUACCAAUGUGUGCCGCCAAGCCCUUAACUUCAAGCACCUCUCCCUCACUGACUUCAAGGUCAAAGUUGGACCCUCUGCUAAGAGUGGACCAGUGAAGAACGCCUUUGAGAAGGGAGAGAUCCUUGAAAAGUGGGAAAAGACAGCCUGGGCCAAGAAACUGGCCACAAAGAAGAAGCGAGCAACUCUCACUGACUUUGAUCGCUUUAAGCUCAAAUUGGCCAAGCAGAGGGUAAGCCACUGUCAAAGUAUUAAAUUAUAUUCCUUGCUUUCUUUUUUUUUUAAAUAAAAUCCCAACUUGAAUUGAAGAAAGAAGCAAAGGUACAAUUAAGCACACCCACACCCAAUCAGAAAAGUGCAGUGUCUGUUUGUGGAUUAACAAAGAGAUUCAAUGUUGCCAUGCAUCUGUUCAGUAAUAGAUCACAGAUGAUGUCAAAUUGUGGUAAGAACAAAAAAAGUGACACACAAGGGUAGCCAUGGGGUCUUCUGUGAUCUGUUACUGAGUGGCACCACCAUGACAUAAAAUCUUUAUCUCUUAAGUGAAAACAAAGCAAAAUGUUGUUAAUGGUGACAACAUGAAAGCAUCUGUCUGCUAAUAGGUCUUAGAUAAUAACAAAACCUAAAUGCAAGUAUAAUGCAACUCAUUGUAUUAUUUAAAUAUAUGAUAAGUACAUCUUGGGUACAAUGCACAUCUGUUUGUUUCAUGCAAUAUUUGCAAUGAUAUAGUGUAACUGUUGUUGGAGACUUCUGGAAAUAUGGUUUUGAAUUAAAUGCUAUUCUCAAUACACACCAUAUUCUCCCUGGAAUUUUACCACUGAACCUGUAGCUGAUAUACCCAGUGUUCCUGGGUCCUAGGUCAUGUCAAAAUGUAUCAAACUUUGGCCUUUGUGAAAAUUACCUUUAAAACUGUUACAUGUUGAUGGUCAUAGCAUCAUUUUAUGUUUUUAUUUAUUUUGUGUCAGAGCUAAAAUUUACUGUAAUCUAACAACCAAAUUAUGCAACACCUUCACCUAAUUUUUCUUUCUCAGAGGGUUAAUUUGAUGAUAUUUUUUGGUUUGAGGUUAACUCCUCAUCAGUGGCAUGGGUUUUUCUUUGCACCACAGUUGUGACAAAUUUCCUUAUUAACAUUUGUUUAUCGAUAAGAGAGAACCAUUUUUUCUAGAUUGUUUGGUUAUUGUUAAUUUUGAUUCAUAAGUGGCCAAAUUUAUGGCUGAUUUUAUAUGCUAUGUGAAACUUUUCAACCUUAGAUUUGGACACAGCUGUUAAGAUAACUGAAAAUAGUCAAGUUGUAUGUUACCAUCAGUGGUGUAAAAAUUUCCAACCUCAGAAAUAUUUUUGCAUAAUUCAAUGUAAUUGGGAUAGUUAUGUGAGGCUUAUUAGUGUGAGAUAUUUUGGUUUUAUUAACUGAGUUGAUAUAGUAAGUUGGCUACUAUAAAGAGUUUCAAAGCUUAUGUUAUGAUUGUUAGUCCUUUGUCAUUCGCCUGGACAGCUUACAUGAACAACUCAUCUUGUUAAACUCCCCUUCUGAAAGAGAAACUUACCCCCUUUAUCCAUUUAUUAGUGCAAGGGCUCAGGACUAUGUUGAAUUGACAUUACUAACCUUUCUCAGAAUAAGACAUAAAUAAAGUGUGACCGAUCGUGUUGGGCUUUUUGAGGGUGUUGUACCUGCACACAGUGUACCUGUACAAAAUGUAUUCCUCAGUGCUCAAGUGCUUAGUUAAAAUUUCCACUAAAAGGAGGGGUGCUUAUGAAGAAAUAAUCCACCUGUACUACUUCCACUGUAGUUAAAGCUUAUGUUUAAAACGAAGUGGCAAUAGAAACAGGUUUUCGUUGUGUCCCUACAAUCUUAGAUAGUGAGAGAGUGGAGGGGGGGGGGUGGGGGGGCACUUAUUGAAAAGGGGUGCUUGUUUAAUAUUAUGUCCAAUUUGGUGGGAAGUUUAUUUAGGGAGGGGUGCAUAUUAGAGCGUGGAUGCUCAUUCAAGGAAAUGCGGUGAUCGUAAUGCGGAUGUAGUGUCUAAUGAAAGCUUUUGUUUUGCUUCACAGAAAAACAGAGUUCUUAAAGCUGAACUGAAGAAGUUGCGCAAAGAGGCCAAAGUGUAAUCUUGCUUUUAAGAUGAAAUAAAAAUAUUUGUUUGAGAGGAUUGGUGCUUUCAAAGUUAUUUCUUUAAUGAAUGCGAAGUACAUGUCACUGAUGUUCUUACCAUAUUUUUACAACUUCUGUGAUCUAACUGAC